CACUCAUCCAGUAGAAGCCAGUUUAGUUCAAGAACAUUCAUGGAUGAGAAUCAUGAUAUUUUCAGGUUCUCUAACAAGAAAAGAAUCAAACUCCAAAUUUUGAUCGAUUUCAAAAAUCUCUGUCAAAUCAGUAAUCUACCAAUAUAGGCAAUGAUUUAGGAUGGAAAUCUCAUCCCUCAUAGGAUGAUCUGGACACGAACACAACGCGUUGCAGCGAAACAUGAUUAAUGAGAACCUGGGAACCAUCUGCAACGCGCAUGUGUUUCCAUGUUGAUAUUAUCUCAAUGGGGGCAUUUCAUGGACAUUCCAUCCUAAUUUACGUUUCAAAGUCUUGUAUUCGUUUUCCACAAGAAGACCAAGUUCCUGCCACCUCUUGAAGCCAAAGGUCAGCGGAUUUGGACACACGAAACACAAAUUUUUCACUUCUGAAAAGCUUACAAGACUAGGCAAAAGAGAUGGGAGCUCAAUAGUCUGAGCUUUAAUAGCAGCUAUAUGGGCAUAAUAGGCCGGGGGCACUGGGAAAACGAAUCAAGUACACUUCUUGGA